CUGACUCACUCAUAUUGCUUCUGCUGCUAUCGUUUUGUGCCCUCGAACGAAUUAAAUCUGUGCCUCUCGUAUUCGGCUCCAAUUGCGACAUCUGCAAAAGCGAAUAUUGUUCCAACUAAAGCAGCGUUUCCACGUCCGUUGCGAGCCAGGUGCUUCGUUAUAUUGCACAACUCACACAUCCACUGUUUUUUGUGUAGCUUUAGCCAGCUCUGCAAGUUGACGAAUCCUGUUUCUUGCCAAAAGAUCCAGACACAGCAUCAUGAGUGGGCCAAUAUUUGGUAGCAGUAAUAACCUUGGGAGUGGCUCCGGCGGGAAUCGACAUUUGGUGGAGUUCCGCGCUGGACGAAUGAACAUGGUCAACAAAAUGGUACAUCCGGACAACAGAAAGGGUCUGGUGUACGUCUAUCAGGCGGAGGACGGAUUGAUUCACUUCUGCUGGAAAGAUCGCACCACGGGCAACAUUGAAGACGAUCUGAUUCUUUUCCCGGACGAUUGCGAAUUCAAAAAGAUUGAUUACGUGAAAAAUGGGCGCGUGUUCGUGCUGAAAUUCAAAUCGUCCAGCCGAAGACUGUUUUUCUGGAUGCAAGAGCCGAAAACAGAUCGCGACGAAGAAUGGUGUCGCCGAAUCAACGAAGUGAUCAAUAAUCCUCCAUCAGGCAAUAGCAUCGGAUCGGGAGGCAGAAACGGCGGUAACGACAGCGGUGAUUUGCAGUACAUGCUAAACAAUAUGUCUCAGCAGCAGCUUAUGCAACUGUUCGGCGGUGUCGGUCAGAUGGGUGGUUUGAGCAGCCUGCUUGGAUCUAUGACUCGUUCUUCUUCGGGUAAUUCAAGCAGUCGAACCAGUGCCGCCACACCAUCCAGCCGCAGCACCAGCAGUGUCACAGGAACCAAUGUUGGCAAUGGAGGUAGUACUACAACUCCUACGACCGCAUCAAAUGCACCAUCGACGCCACGAGCGCCGAAAAAGACAUCAGGAUCUUCAAAAGCAAGCGGUACCGGGGCUUCGGGCAGCUCCCCGGCCGGAACUCCGAUCAACAGACCUGCAAACAGCAGCGACGCCAACACAGCGGAUGGUGGGUCGAGAAUAUUUCUUUCAGAUUUACAAAACUAUUUGUCCGGUAUGAGCGCCCCGGACCUAGCUGGAACUGGCCAACGCCAAAACAUAGACCUUUCUGCAGCCGUGAAUUCAGAAACACUCGCAUCGAUCAUUUCGGAUCAGCAGCAGGUGGACGCCCUGAUCGAGCAUCUGCCGCAGCUCGAAGGAGACGAUAACAAGAAGGACCAGCUUAAUGAAACCAUAUCCUCACCACAGUUUCAGCAGGCCCUCUCGAUGUUCUCCAACGCGAUGCAAUCCGGCCAGCUGGGCCCAGUAGUGUCCCAGUUUCAGCUCAACUCAGAAGCCGUGGCAGCGGCCAAUGCGGGGGACCUUGAACAGUUUGUAAAGGCAUUGGAAAACAGCGCCAAACCGCAAACGGAUGGUUCAGCUUCGGCAAGCGGCAAGCAAACGGUCGCCACCAGUGGCACAGGCAGCAAUGAGCAGCAAAAGUCCUCCGAAAUAAACAAGGAAGAGAAUGGCCACAACGACAAAACAGAUAAGAAGGAUCAAGAUGAUGAGAUGGCUGGAUAGAAGCUCAUUAAAGUGGAUAAUCAGUUGGCCAACACAAUCACUAAAGCCACACCCGAAAAAAACUAGGAAAGAGGCAUCGUUUGCCCAUUUUAUUCUCUCAAGUUUUAACCUUUGCGUUUUCCGCCUGUACUAUUCCUAAUAUAAUCGCAAAUAAAUUCAUAAUGAUGUUGAGAAUAAG